AUGUAUGUUUGCACCUUACUGCACCUAUCUAUCUAUCUAUCUAUGCUUAGGUCUGUUCCUUAUAUAUCUCUAUAUAUCUUUCCAUUUAUUACAAUCUAUCUAUCUAUCUAUCUAUCUAUCUAUCUAUCUAUCUAUCUAUCUAUGUUCAUUAUCUGUCUCUUUCUAUCACAGUAUUGCAAACAUCUAUCUAUCUAUCUAUCUAUCUAUCUAUCUAUCUAUCUAUCUAUCUAUCUAUGCUUAGAGAAAUCUAUCUAUCUAUUAUCUAUCUAUAAUCUAUCUAUCAAGUAUUAUCUAGGUAUCUAUAUCUAUCUAUCUAUCUAUAUCUAUAUAUCUAUCUAUCUAUGCUUAGUAUUGCAAACAUCUAUCUAUCUAUCUAUCUAUCUAUCUAUCUAUCUAUCUAUCUAUCUAUAUCUAUCUAUCUAUCUCUUUCUAAGCAUCUAUCUAUCUAUCUAUCUAUCUCUUGAGAUAUCUAUCUAUCUAUCUAUCUAUCUAUCUAUCUAUCUAUCUAUCUAUCUAUCACUUAGGUUGUUUUCUUUUUCUCUCUUUCUUAUUCCUUCUUUCUUCAUUUAUUGCAUUUAUCUAUCUAUCUAUCUAUCUAUCUAUCUAUCUAUCUAUCGAAAUUAUCUAAACUUAGGUUGUUAUCUUUCUCUCUUAUCUUCAUUGUCUAUAUUCCUUCUUUUCUCUAUCUCUGUAUCUAUAAAUCUAUGUUCAUUAUCUGUCUCUAUCUAUCACAGUAAAACUAUCUAUAUCUAUCUAUCUAUCUAUCUAUCUAUCUAUCUAUCUAUCUAUCUAUCGCUUAGGUUGGAUUUUUCUCACUUUUUCCUUCACUUAUUAUCUAUCUAUCUAUCUAUCUAUCUAUCUCUUUCUAAUCUAUCUAUCUAUCUAUCUAUCUAUCUAUCUAUCUAUCUAUCUAUCUAUCUAUCUAUCUAUCUAUCACUUAGGUUGUUUACUUUCUCUCUCUUUCCUUCAUUGUCACUCGUAUUCCUUCUUUUCUCUUAG